AUUGCCUGACGAUGGGGACAAUGAAACCUCUCAGGCAUUGGCCUCACCUGCUGUUCCCGGCGGUGGUGAUUUGCCUCAUUGCCACUACCGUCGUUGUUGCUCAAGACGAUGAAGAGUUGCUACCUAUCAAAAAGCCUCAACUCGGUCAAAUUGAGUUACAUAAGCAUCAACAUCCCAAACAUUUUCCACCUAACCAUUAUCACCCUACACCCCCACCUUCCCCAAAAUAUCGCCACUACCCCAAGCCAUUGCCUCCCAAAUAUAAGCACCACAAGUCGCCACCACCAUCCUAUGUUUACAAGUCUCCGCCACCGCCACCUUACAUCUNUAAGUCUCCACCGCUGCCACCCUACAUCUACAAGUCUCCACCACCACCUCCGUAUAUUUAUAAGUCUCCUCCACCACCCCCCUAUGUCUACACAUCUCCUCCUCCACCAUCACCACCGCCUCCUUACGUCUAUAUCUCUCCUCCACCACCUCCCUACGUCUAUAACUCUCCUCCACCACCAUCUCCAUCACUACCGCCUCCUUACGUUUAUAGCUCUCCUCCACCACCAUCUCCAUCGCCACCACCUCCCUAUGUCUACAAGUCUCCUCCUCCACCAUCUGCAUCACCCCCGCCUCCUUACGUCUAUAGCUCUCCUCCACCACCAUCUCCAUCACCACCACCCCCUUAUGUAUAUAGUUCUCCUCCACCACCAUCUCCAUCGCCACCACCUCCCUACGUCUACAAAUCUCCUCCUCCACCAUCUCCAUCAUCGCCCCCACCUUACGUCUAUAGCUCUCCUCCACCACCAUCUCCAUCACCACCGCCUCCUUACACCUAUAGCUCUCCUCCACCGCCAUCUCCAUCGCCGCCACCUCCCUACGUUUACAAGUCACCUCCUCCACCAUCUCCAUCACCACCCCCACCUUACGUCUAUAGCUCUCCUCCACCACCAUCUCCAUCNCCACCGCCUCCUUACACCUAUAGCUCUCCUCCACCGCCAUCUCCAUCGCCGCCACCUCCCUACGUUUACAAGUCUCCUCCUCCACCAUCUCCAUCACCGCCCCCACCUUAUGUCUAUAAGUCCCCUCCACCACCUCUCUAUGUUUACAAGUCUCCCCCACCACCAUCUCCAUCGCCUCCACCUCCCUACAUUUACAAAUCACCUCCUCCACCCUCUCCAUCUCCUCCACCUCCCUAUGUUUAUAAAUCACCACCACCUCCAUCACCAUCCCCACCUCCACCAUACUAUUAUAAGUCACCACCCCCUCCAUCUCCAUCUCCUCCCCCUCCUUAUAUCUAUAAGUCACCACCUCCACCAUCUCUAUCACCACCUCCUCCAUAUAUUUAUAAAUCUCCACCUCCACCAUCUCCAUCACCUCCUCCACCUUAUUAUUAUAAGUCACCUCCACCCCCCUCUCCAUCACCCCCACCACCUUACUAUUACAAGUCCCCUCCACCUCCAUUGAAAUCCCCACCACCCCCUUAUUACUAUAAAUCUCCUCCACCACCAUCUCCAUCACCACCACCACCUUACUAUUACAAGUCUCCACCACCUCCAUUGAAAUCUCCCCCUCCACCGUAUUANUAUAAAUCUCCACCACCGCCAUCUCCAUCACCACCUCCUCCAUAUGUUUACAAAUCUCCUCCUCCACCAUCCCCAUCACCACCACCUCCUUACUAUUACAAGUCCCCUCCACCUCCAUUGAAAUCUCCUCCUCCUCCAUAUUAUUAUAAAUCUCCACCACCACCAUCUCCAUCACCACCUCCCCCAUAUGUUAACAAAUCUCCUCCUCCACCGUCCCUAUCACCACCACCUCCUUACUAUUACAAGUCCCCUCCACCUCCAUUGAAAUCUCCUCCUCCUCCAUAUUAUUAUAAAUCUCCACCACCACCAUCUUCAUCAUCACCUCUCCCACCAUAUGUUUACAAAUCUCCUCCUCCACCGUCUCCAUCACCACCACCUCCUUACUAUUACAAGUCCCCUCCACCUCCAUUGAAAUCUUCCCCUCCACCAUAUUAUUAUAAAUCUCCACCACCGCCAUCUUCAUCACCACCUCCUCCAUAUAUUUACAAAUUUCCACCUCCACCAUCUCCGUCACCUCCCCCGUCUUAUUAUUAUAAGUCACCUCCACCCCCGUCUUCGUCACCACCACCUCCUUAUUACUACAAGUCACCUCCUUCACCGUAUUAAAUUCAAACAUUAUCAACACUAUAGUGCAACUCGUACCCACUUCCAAAAGUGCCAAGGGAUGACAUUUCUAUUAUAUUAAAUUGCAUGAAUAACAUUAGCCAACUUCUUAUGCAUACGGUGAAGCUGAAAGCCGAUCGAUUUCUUCAAAGAUGUGAUUGUCACUCGAGCUCUUGCUAGUAAAUCAUCCGGAAAGAGUAGUCGUAUUAUUUUUUGGCAUCCAAGAUCCAGAUGCUAAAGAUUUGAAUUCUAUCAAUUGUUGUAUUUGAUUUUACAUUAUACUCUGCAAUGCAAAUUUAUUGUUUCUAGUUUGACAUUGCGGUUAAUCACAAUUUCGUCUAAAUUUAUG